ACAAGAUCAGCUGAAAACAUUCACAUUCACAAAACAGACGGUCACAGCCCAGCACCUCCUCUAUUUGCAUUCAAGCAGUAUCAGCCUUUGGUCUCCCCAGCCAGACACACAGAGAAGGAGCACAUCAGUAGAUAUGCCACACAUCUCCUUUCAAAUUGAUUCCUAAGCAAUACCCUGGAAUGGACUGCAAACUGUGUGUGUGUGAUAUAGCUUCAGUCGUGGGAGGCUUCUCUUUAAAUCUCUCUGCAGCAUCUUUGGAGUCUCCAUCCUGUCCACAAACAGCGCUUGAGAUUUCUGUCUGAGGAUACAUGCAAACCAUAUAUUCUGCAAUCUACAAUAGUUAUAAGAAACGGAAUCCAGUCAAAAUACCUGCUGAAACAGCAUGCAUGCUAAGGCAGAGCCACCCCAUCAGUAAAUCUACUUAGAUCAAUUUGGGUGGGGAUUACUCAUUUAAAGCACCAUGGAUCUACAGUCUUACAGAGGAUCUUCAGAUGUACCUUGACAGACCAUACCAAGUAAUAUAUAUCAACAUCAACAGUAACCUGAAAAAAGCAGACUCAAGGAGAUUUAGUCCAAGAACAUGGAUAUUUCAACUGGAGAUAUCCAACAGGUCCUUUCCAUUGACCAAAUACGUUCCAUCAGAGCCAACAAUGAUUAUGUGGAGAGACCUACGGUUUCAUUUACACAAACUUGGUCCAACCCUUCUCUUUCACAGCACAGUGCAAAACAAGAGUGGCCUCAUGAUCAUUUGGUUACUUACAAUCAUCAGGAUAUACGCCGCAGCCAAAGUCAUCAACAUCAAUCACAACAUGUUUAUCAUGAUCUAAGCCAUUCCAGUACAAUAAGUUCAGUUUCUAGAAGCACGACUGCUUCAGAUCAACGACUUUUAGCUGGAAUCACCCCAUCUAAUUCUGGUCACUCAUUUAUGAGGACACAGCCAAAAGAUGGUGACAUGAAGCAAGAUGAAUUUAUUAAAGGAAUAAUGGAUAAGACUGACAUAUAUGGCCAUGACUCUAUCUGUGAAGAAUGCGGGCAUUGCAAAUGUGAUGAAUGUACAAAAGUUCGAAAUCUGCCUUCCUGCUGGGUUUGUAAUAAUAGGUGCAUAUGUUCUGCAGAAAAUGCUAUUGAUUAUGGGACUUGCCUUUGUUGCAUUAAAGGCCUAUUCUACCAUUGCUCUAGUGAUGAUGAGGAUAACUGUGCUGACGACCCCUGUUCCUGUAGUCAGGGAUCCUGCUGUGCCCGUUGGGCAGCCAUGAGCCUCCUUUCAUUCUUCAUGCCCUGUCUAUGCUGCUAUCUUCCUGCCAAGGGUUGCCUGAAGUUAUGUCAGAAGGCUUAUGAUAGGGUAAAAAGACCUGGCUGUCGAUGUGAGAAUCAUACUAACACUGUCUGCAGAAAAAUAUCCUCAUCAAGUGGCACACCAUUCCCAAGGCCCUUUGAUAAGCCUGUAUGACCAAAAAAGGCCUUAUUUGGUUAUGGUUCUGUUUCCUUUAACUCAAUACUACUUCCUACUGUGCUCUUCUUGGAAACCUUCCGUGACAGUCAAUGCCUUAUUAAGACCCUAUAAUGAUUAAGGAAGAUGUAAUCAUCACCUGGAAUUCUCAGCAAAUUUAAUUUAAAAAUGUGAAAGAAAAGAAUUGCCAUGUGUCAAACCCCGCAGCUUUUAAAAAGAAGAGGGGUUUGCUGAGAUACUGUCACACUAUAGGAGAUCAUAUGCACAUCCGGAGGUCAUGGGAAAGAAGUUGUAUGGAAGUUGAUCUUCCAUCUUGGAAUCUUAGAUCUUAAGAAGGAAAGAAAACAUGCAUUAUCACCUAUGCAUUGCACAGUGGCUUAUGCUAAGGAAUGCAUCCAAUAUCUUAUAAGGAUGAGCUACAAUUUGGGAUGGACUAGCAUCUUAGGAGCUUCAGAACCAGUGUUUAGCAACAGGAGAUCACCGGCAAAUGAAAAUGCGUGCAUAUACUGUACCAGAGGAAUAUUUGCAAGUAUAUAUCUGUAUGUAUCAGAACAGAAUACACUAAAGACGAGUCCAAGUAAAGAGAACAAAAUGAACUAGAAAGGACUGUAAAGUGAUCAGGAACUUGAAUGUGCUUGUGUGGUUUCAGUAGCUGAAUUAUUCAGAAGCUGAGCACACAUGCUGCAAGAGCAAAAUAAGGAGCCGUUCUGUUUACUUUUACUAUUUUUUAAAGCAGAAGGAAUAAUAAAUCAGUAUAUCGGCCAGGUAAAGAUGCAUCAUGUCACAUAUCAAAAUGUUAUGAAAACCAAAGAAGAUACAGUCUGCAUGAGUAAAUCACAUGUUUAUCUUUUCUGCCUGCACCAUUAUAUUUUUAAAUAGGUUCAGUUUACAGACAUUUUUCAGGUGGCAGCUGUAGCUUAAAUUUUGUUCACUUAUAUAACACAUUUCAGUGUCAGAGAUAGCGGCAGUUUAUUCUUACUGCCUUUCUGGCACCUGUGGAAUCCAACGUUUUGGCAAGGCCUUGUACAUUGUGCUGCAGAUUUUCCUAGGAAAGUAGGAUGAUUUUAUUUAUCUUGUGAACAAGAGUGUUCCAAUCUAUGGGUUAAAAGUAAAGAUGUACCAAUCGUUACUGCCCACAAGAAUGCAUCACUCGUUUUAGUACAAGAUAAACUGCAGCAAAUGCAACAUGAAAAUCAUCCUUUUCUAAACUAAAACCAUAACCUAACAAAUGCAGGUUGCUAUACUAAUAUGAUUAUUUUAGAUAUGCAUACAGUGGCAGAAUACAAGUGUUGUGGUAAAUGCGCUAAAGUAUGAAAAUUAAUGAUACAAUUCAUUUUGAAACAGACUAAAUGCUACAAAUGGGAAUAACAGUAUUUUCAGUAAUAACCACUAAAAUGGUGGUUUGGAAAAAAAAACUAUUUCACCUAGGCAUAUUUUCAACUCUGCCACUGAAUGCAGCUGAUUUUACGCCACAAGGUUGGGGUAGCCAUUUUGGUAUAAGAAUGUAUGUCCCUGACUGUCUGAGGGCAAUAAAAAAACACAAGUCACAAAUGGCUCCCAAAUGUCUUUCUUGCACUUGGUCCCAGUAAGCCAAGUAGUGGCCCUGUACAUACAUAUUGUUAAGAUUAUGUGAAUAUAAAGCAGAAAUAUCAUUCCAAAGUAAGUACAGAUGGCAUAACGAGAGACUAUUGGGUUGUUGUAUAUUAAAAUGGUGUAGUGGCAAUUAAAUGCUAGGGCAAAUACACUUGUAGAUUUUCUGUGCAGUGCUGCUGAAUCCAUAUUAUUGCACUUAUUUAUAGUGAUAAAAAAAAAAUAACACCAAUAUAUCAAGGUGCUUUAAUCCAAGGUCCUCCACUUGUGCCAAUAAUCAUUCUGCAUGGUCAAUAAAGAAGGGAUAUGUUAUGGAGCAAAAAUGUAUGCCCAUUACUGAUCUAUUUUUUAUUAUGAAUUUUAUAUCCAUAAUAUUGAGGUGGGGAGAUAUCUCUUCUGAAGACUGUACCAAUAACUGCUUCCUCAUAUCAACAACUUUUCAAGUGAUGAGUGAAUUCAAAAAUGAUAGUCACUUCACCAGUGAUAACCAACUCUAUCAAUAGUCAUCAAAAGUUGUUUAUAACUGCCAAUAAUUUCCAGGGUCACAUAGCAGAGGGACUGUUGAGUCAUGCUUUGAAAUAUCCAUUGCCCUACAUACCUAGCAUGUGCAAGUUGUUUUAGGCCCCACUUUCAUUAAUUUAACUACAUAUUAAAUAGGGGCAGGGAUCAUUGACUAUUUUGCAUUUAGUCACUUUAUACAGAGGUAAAAUUUUCCAGGGGCAAAAAAAGUUGGCACUGUUCCUGUAAAUAAAGGGCCAAUAACAACCACAGUGACUAAGUCCAGUGGUACUAUCUUAGGAGUCUAAUAUGCAUUUAGAUAUAGAAUAUUACUUUAUGAAGCAAAAAUGUUUUCCAGUUAAAUCAGGAAAGUUUCCAAAUUCCCUUGGUCAUAGAACAUAAAGGAUAAAGCACUGGGUUCCAUAGAACAGUUACUGUAUAUUGAACAUGUUGUAGAUUUUCUAUGUUUCUGUGCUUCAUUCUUUGUUGCUUCCACUUCUAUGAAAGUUGACAUUUUGUUAGGCAUAAAGCAAAUGAGUUUAUUCAAUAAGGUUUAUUGGCCAGAAGAGUAUUUCGUGUAUGUUUAUAAUGUUUUAUUUUCUUAUUGAUUAUUCUAAUGUUUGCUAAAUCUACCGCUGUGUAAUUGAUACCUUGGUACACUAAACUUAUGUUGUCCAAAUUUGCCACAUCCAAAUCUUGACUAUACUCCUGAUGGAGCAGACAUAUAUGAUGUAUCUCGUGCACACGCUGUAUUGGGUAAAAGAGUAUCUCUUAGUGUGCCAUAUUCUUCAGUUACAACAUAAAUGUGCUCCAUCUAUACAUCAUCCCUUAACUAUAACAGGCAGAUGGCUGAGGAGGAGACUUGUAGUUCAGAAGCUGGAAAAGUAUGUUUUAAGUGGACAGUGCUGAAUAUAAAAUUAAUAUUAGGUAUGUGGUCCCUUAUCUGGAAACCCAUAAGAAAGAUCUCAAUUUUGAAUGGCCAUUUCUCAUAGAUCCAAUUAUUGGCAAACAGUUCAAAUUAUUUCCUGUUAGUCUAUAAUAAUAAAAAAGAACCUUGUACUUGAUUGUAGUGUUAUGUAGUUCAGAAAAUACUCAACACACACAUGACCCUGUCACCAUUACUGAUGAUCAAAAUGUUUCCAAUGUAGGAUCCGUAUCCAACCCUUGCCUUAAUUUUCUUGCUCUGUAUGCUUCUUCUGUGCAUGCCUCUGGUUCCAAGACAAGGAAUCUUCUGAAGCUGAAGCUUCUGAGCAUACUUCCCCACCAGCACUGAAUCCUAACACACAAUGGUUGACCAAAUUUCAACAAAAACCCACCGAACAGGUGGUAAACACAGGGGUCAACCCACACAUCACUACUUGAUGGUAAUUAAG